GCUUGUUGACUCUGGGGAAAAUUGAUGAGUCUAAAAUCAAUGGAUGAAAUAGAUGUUAUACACAUGUUACCCUUCAUCAACUUAAAAAUAUAUAAUUAAAUAAAAAUAAUCUUAUUUAUCAUCUUCCCUAUUAUUAAUUUUAAAAAAAUAUCAAGUUGUGUCAAAUGAAAUUUAUUUUUAUUUUUUCUAGAAAUUAAUAAUUAAACAGACACUUUUUUUUUUUUUAAAACUAAAAAAUAAAAAAUAAAAAAUAAAAAAAGAAAAAGUGAAAAACAGGGAGAUAAAGAGAAUGAGGAUGAGGAACUUCGUUUUUAACUUUUUAUUCAGUUUGCAGCAGAAAUAAAUAGCCUUUUGAUAGUUAGUCUAGUCCCCUUGCGUGGCUUUUUCAUUAACUGAUUUUUAAAAAUUGCGCGCAAAAAUGACAAAGGCUAGUAUAGCAAGACAAUUAGGCAAUGCCAUUGUUGCCAAAAACAGAAACUCUGGAGGAUGGUACGGCCCUCACAUGGCUGCCGCUUCACGAGCCAUUCAGGAGCGCAUCCCAUUGGUCGAUCUUGUUCUCGAGGUUAGAGACGCAAGGAUUCCACUGUCCUCAGAGUAUGAACAACUGAGGAACUAUUCAUCCACCUUAAAACGAAUUAUAGUGAUGAACAAGAUGGAUCUUGCUAAUCGUUCACAAAUUAAGGAGUGGGUAAGCUAUUUUCAGCAAAAUAACUGCCUUUCUUAUGGAGUCAAUGCCCAUAACAAGGAGAAUAUCAAGCAGCAACUGGGUAAGGUUCACUUGUUACAGUUCUUGAACUUCUUACAAGCCCGAGUGAGGGAAUUGAAGAGAACAGAGCAACAUUCUAGCUAUACUACAACAAUAUUGCUUGUUGGGAUUCCUAAUGUUGGUAAAUCAGCUCUUGCCAACUCCUUACAUAAAAUUGGGAGGAUUAGUGCAGCAGAGAAGGGAAAGUUGAAGAAUGCUACAGUGAGUCCACAACCUGGUGAGACAAAAGACAUAAGCAGCUUGAAGAUUGGAAGCCAUCCCAAUAUUUACGUUUUAGAUACCCCAGGUGUUUUGCCUCCUGAGAUUCUUGAUGCUGAUGUCUGCUGCAAGCUAGCUUUAACAGGAGCAAUUGGUAACUGUCUUGCUGGGGAAAAAGAACUCUCUCGUUAUCUUUUGACUAUUUUAAACUUGAGCGAUGAAUACAAGAAAUGGGCAAAGUUGGCCGACCCUAAGAAUGGGAUUCCAGUAGCAGACCACAAAGCAGAAUGCUCAGGCAAUUUUGAAAUGGACAUGAAACGAAAAAGGCAAUACCCCACAGAUCACACACAGGAUUUCAUAGUGAAUAGUGUUCGUAAAACUCUCUUUGAGACAAUAUCAUCUUUCGAUGGUAAUUUGGAUGAUGAAAGGGAAUUGGCUAGGCUUGUUGAUGCAGAGAUCUCAGCCUUGCAGAAAGUUUUUCAAGUUCCUGAGAACGUGGGUGUGGAUGCUCAUGAUAAAGUUGCCUGUAAGUUAUUGAAUCUUUACCGCACGGGGAGGCUUGGACACUAUACUUUAGAUUGUAUCCCAUGACAGCUUAAGAAUUGAACUAUAUUCUCUGAUCUUUGUACUUAAUCAACAGUAUUUAUUCUUUCACACUGAUUUUUGUAAAGUAUCACUUCUAUCGAGCAAUACAUUCAAUCCAAAGGUUACAUUUUCUUUUUAUA